AUGAACCCGGAGGAGAGGGACCAGGCUUUUUUUGUUAUCGCACAUUUCCAGAAACCAGUAGAGUUGAUAAUUAAUAAUAAUAAUGCAUCAGAUUUCAUACAGCGCUUUACCAGAGACCCUCAAAGCGCUUUACAUUGGAUACAUCAUUCAUUCGCUCACACAGUCACACCUUGGUGUUGGUUAACUACCUUAGUAGUCACAGCUGCCCUGGGGCAGACUGACAGAAACGUGGCUGCCAGUUUGUGCCUACAGCCUCUCCGACCACCACCACACAACACUCACAAUCAUACACCAGUGGAGGACACAAACUGGGAGCAAGGUGGGUUAAGUGUGUUGCUCAAUGAAACAACGGACAGACUCGAGAUAGGAGGGAAUCGAACCGCCAACCUUUCAGUUAUUGAAGGACCUCUUUACCUCCUGAGCUACUGGCAUGAAAAUGUAUGA